UGUGACUGCAGCAGCGAUUCUGGCCAAGGUAGCAAGGGAUAGCAACUUCUGGCCAGAAUACAAAAAGCCAAGGUCUGUUCAAGGACGUUGCCUAGUGAGGUAAUGCCAGAUAUCAACAUGGACUACAAACUUUAUAGCGUAAAAGUCUAUGUCAUGGUGGAAGACAAGCAGUGGAAAGACAUAGGCACUGGACAAAUUUCAUCCAAAUAUAUCGAAUGGCACCAGGGUGCAUGCCUGCUUGUUCACUCAGAAUUAGAUGGGUCACCAAUUAUGGAGUGUAAGAUACUUCCGAACGUCCCCUAUCAGAAACAAGGGGAGGUAAUCAUUUGGUCUGAAGCUAAGAACCAUGGCAUGGCAAUACAUUUCCUGGAACCAAAAGGUUGUCAAGAGAUCUGGGAAGACAUCUGCCAAGUUCAAGGUAAAGAUCCAAAGGUAGAAAUCACACAAGAUCUUACUGAUGAUUUAGAAAGUUUUGAAGAUCUGUCACUAAGCUGGAAACGGGUUGAGAUGUCAAACUAUGAACUCGAUACCCUUAAAAACAUUGCAGAGUUAUUUCCUUUUGUCUUUGAAAUGCCCAACCACAAGGAAAGGCUGGCAGUGGUCUUAGAAAAUGAAGGUUACAUUAAAAAAUUGCUACAGCUUUUCAAAACUUGUGAAAAAUUGAAGAACAUGGAAGGCUUAUACUAUUUGCAUAACAUCAUUAAAGGAAUCCUGUUUCUAAAUGAUACACAUUUAUUUAACAUCAUGUUUUCUGAUGAAUUUUUUAUGGAUGUGGUAGGAUGCCUAGAAUAUGACCCUGCUUUGGAUCAGCCAAAGAAGUACAGGCAAUUCUUGACUCAAAAUGCUAAAUUCAAGGAAGUUAUGCCAAUAACACACUCCCAACUUAGGAAAAAAAUACAAGAGACCUACAGAAUGCAAUAUAUUCAUGAUAUUGUGUUGCCUACACCAUCCAUAUUUGAAGGGAAUCUUCUUUCUGAUCUUACCACUAUGAUUUUUUUCAACAAAAUUGAAAUAAUUACCAUGCUGCAAGAAGAUGAACAUUUUCUGCUCGAAAUUUUUGCUCAGUUAAAAGAUAACACUGUAGGUGAUGAAAGACGACAUGAAUUGUUAUUAUUUUUCAAGGAAUUCUGUGCAUUUGCUAAGACAUUACACUCUCAAAAGAAAAAUAUGUUAUUGAAAACACUAAUAAAGCUAGGAAUCAUGAGUGCUCUGAAAGUUGUAGUACACAUGCAUGAUUACCAAAUACAAGUAGCUGCUUUAGAACUAUUUGCUUGUCUGGUAGAGUAUAGUCCACGCCUAGUCCGAGCUUAUGCAAUGCAAGAAGCUCAGAACAGUGAAGAUAAUGAUGACCUUCUCCUUAAUAUAAUGAUCAACCAAAUGAUCUGUGAUUCUGAUCCUGAAUUUUCACGAGGCAUCAUUUUGACAGCAGUUCUUCAUGAUCUUCUUAAUCCAGAAAAUAUGCGUGUCACAGUUAAUGGAUAUGAAAGAAAGGGAUUUCUGAAUUUCUUCUAUAAACGUUGCAUGAGGAACCUUAUAGCACCAAUUUUGUCUACAACAGUAGAAAAUGAUAGCAAUGAUAAUAGGGGUUACAUCUGCCCUGAUAAUUAUCAAAAUGCACAAUUGCUUGGAGCGAUUUUAGAAAUACUCACAUUUUGUGUGCAAAACCACUCAAUGUACAUAAAACAUUAUAUUAUGAGCAACAACUUGCUCAGCAGAAUCUUGGUGCUGAUGAGUUCAAAGCACACAUUUCUGAUUUUGUGUGCUGUCCGUUUUAUGAGAAAAAUGAUUGGCCUUAAAGACAAAAUUUACAGUUUGUACAUAAUUAAGGAAAAUCUGUUUGAACCAGUUGUAAAUGCUUUUAUGUAUAAUGGACAUCGGUACAAUAUGUUAAAUUCAGCUAUUAUUGAGCUAUUUGAAUUUAUAAGAAAAGAAAACAUCAAGUCUCUCAUUGCAAACAUUGUGGAAAAAUUUUUUAUGGCUUUUGAAUCAAUUGAAUAUGUCCAGACCUUUAAAGGUUUGAAAACUAAGUAUGAAGAGGAGAAGAAAAAAAGUCGAACAAGAAGGAAUUUACCUAAUAUAAUAUACUCAAAAAUAUACUGUGGACAUACAAAAGAUAUAGAGUUAAAAGGCAAGGCAGACACAAGUUGUAGAAGAAUCACGGAGGAGGAGGAGGAGGAGGAGGGGGGAGAAGAAGGUAUUCUACCAAUGGGAAGUAACUUUACAGGUAAAUGUGACAUAUUUAUGGAAAUUAAAGGCAAAAAUGAAAGUGAAAACAAAAUAGAACGGACCAAACGAAAAUCAUCUGAAGCCUUUGAAAAUUUUCCAUCUAAUGGUGAUGCUUUUCCUAAAAGAAUGGGUCAGUCACAUUGUAGCAGCCUUGUUUCUUUGGUGGAUUACCCAUAUGAUUCUGAUGGUGAGGAUGAUUAUGAUCCAUAUAGUAAUGAUGAAGAUGAAGAGCCCCCCGAAAAAAUGCCUAAUCUCAGUACAUGAAAUACUGUGAGGCCCUUAACUCCAAGUUCAAAUACAAAUUUAUAAAUAUUACAAACUGAAAAAUCGAAUUUAAAACAACUUUCUUGUAUGACUUUCAGAUACUACAGAAUUCAAAGGAAAAGUAAUGAAUAAAGAGCCUCAAAUUUAUAUAAAGAAAACUUCCUGUAAUAUAGACACAUAGUACAAAAUAAACUGUAGCUGAGUGAUAACUUUUAGUCAAGAACAUCUUCAGCAGCAUGGUUUGGGAGGAAGAGUGUUUGAUAAAUUAAUACAAUUUUUUGCUAAAUUAUUUAUAUUAGAAGUAACUCCAAAGGUUUCAUUGCAAAGAACACUUUCAAAAAGGGGUUUA